AUGGAAUCGAAUGGUGUGAGACCAAACGCUACAACAUAUGGAACUUACCUCUAUGGGCUUUGCUGCUCCAGACAGGUAACAUCUGCAUGGGACUUUCUUCAAACUCUUUCUCAGAGUGGAGGCCCUUGCAGCAAUUAUUGUUUCAAUGCUGUGAUUCAUGGUUUCUGUAGCGAGGGUCAGGUUGACAAAGCCAUAGAAGUGUUUCAUGGGAUGAAGAAAUGUGGGUUUGUCCCAGAUGUCCACAGCUACAGCAUAUUAGUUGAUGGGUUAUGCAAACAUGGGGAUUUAUUGAAAGGUUAUGACAUGCUUGAUGAAAUGGCAAGAAAUGGAAUAUAUCCUAAUCAAGUGAGUUACAGUUCACUUCUGCAUGGCCUUUGCAAAACUGGACAGGUUACAUUGGCAUUAAAGAUUUUCAAGAACCUCCAAGACCAUGGUUUUGAGCAUGAUCAGAUAAAUUACAGCAUCAUUCUUCAUGGCUGUUGCCAACAUUUAGAUCUCAAGGCCAUCUCUGACCUUUGGUUUGGCAUGAUUCAUCAUGAUAUCGCUCCAGAUGUUUACAAUUAUACCAGUCUGAUCUACGCAUUAUGUAGACAUAGAAACCUUCAAGAUGCAUUGGGAGUGUUUGAGCUCAUGCUUGAAAAUGGGUUGAGUCCCAACAUUGUGACAUGCACAAUCCUAGUUGACAGCUUUAGCAAAGAAGGGCUAGUUGGUGAAGCCUUCCUAUUCCUGGAUAGAAUACAUCAGUCAUUGGGAAUCGUCCCAAACCUUUGCAUGUACAGAGUUAUUAUCAAUGGCCUUUGCAAGACCAACAAAUAUAGUGAUGUGUGGAAAUUUUUAGCAGACAUGAUAAAGCGGGGCUAUGUUCCUGAUGUUGUCCUUUACAGUAUUAUUAUUGAUGGCUUCGUGAAAUCUCUGAAGUUGCAGGAGGCCUUAAGGUUGUACCGUAAGAUGUUGGAUGAAGGCGUAAAACCUAACACAUUUACAUAUUCUAGCCUCAUAAAUGGGCUGUGUAAUGAUGAUAGACUUCCUGAAGCUAUGGGAUUGAUUAGGGAUAUGAUUGGGGAAGACCUGUUCCUUGACAAUGUUUUGUACACAUCUAUCAUUGCUUGCUAUUGUAGGCGUUUAAAUAUGAAGGCUGCUAAUGAAUGGCUCAGAGAAAUGGAAAGAAGUGGUGUGUUCCCAGAUGCUUUUGUAUAUACUUGUAUGAUUGAUGGUUAUAGUAAAGUGCUUGCAAUGGAUGGUGCACGCUUGAUGAUGGAAGAAAUGGAAAAAAGAAAGCUUAAACCUACUGUAGUAACCUACACAGCUCUCAUUAUUGGAUACCUUAAAACGGGGGAUGAGAAGGAAGCUUGUAUGAUGUAUGAGAGUAUGCGUCAUGCAGGCAUUGCUCCAGAUGUCAAGCUACGUUGCAUUUUGGGCAUUGGCAAUGACAGGGGUGAUUGUGAUGAUUCUCAGAAAGCAAAUGGUUGUCCACUCCAGCCUGUUGUUUUUUAUCCAGUAAUUGGCCUGUUGCUAGCUGAACAUUGCCUGAUAAUCAUCGUCGAUUACAAGCUCAUCUACCCGAGCGGCACUGUGAUUGCCCACCUCAUCAAUAGCUUGCACAAUCGGGAGGGGAAAAUGAUUGCCAAUAUACUUCCUAUGAGAUAUGGAGCUGAAAAGGAUAUACUGAAAUUUGAUCUUCCAGAUAUGAUAAUUCAACAUCUAGAGAAAAUUGUUUAUCAUUAUCAUUCUUGGCCCAAAUGUUCGUUGCUUUUUGCUGACAUGUUUGUGACAUCAUUUUCAUGCUUUAUGGUCGUAACUGUAAAGAAAAUUCCGGUAUAUUGGCUUGUGGAGAUUCUGGCUCCUCGACUCCUGGUCAUUCAGAUGGCGAUUCUUCUAACAGAACGGUAUAUGUUGGUGGGCUUGACCCCAAUGUCAGUGAAGAUGAACUUAGAAAAGCCUUUGCCAAAUAUGGUGAUCUUGCCUGUGAAAAUUCCUCUAGGAAAGCAAUGUGGCUUUGUUCAAUUUGUUAGCAGAACUGAUGCUGAAGAAGCACUACAAGGAUUAAAUGGAUCACUCAUUGGAAAGCAGGCAGUUCGCCUUUCAUGGGGCCGCAGCCCAUCGCAUAGCAGACUAAAAACCAGUUCUCUGAAAAUUGUAACCUUGAUUGCAACUAGCUUACCACAGUUGAGUACUGACAAUUAUGUUCCUACAACCCUAAACAGAAACAAAAGGUAUAAUGCUUUUGUGAAACCAUUUGCUUCCUUCCUCCCCUUACAGUCUUACACCCAUUUCCUUUUCUGUUUCCAGUGGAGGGGUGACUCCGGCAACAGGAGGAACAACAUGUACUAUGGCACACCAUUUUAUGGCGGAUAUGGCUAUGCCUCCCCGGUGCCACACCCAAACAUGUACGCUGCAGCGUAUGGCGCGUACCCGAUGUAUGGUAACCAGCAGCUAGUGAGCUAG